GAGCCAUUCCCAGAUUUGCAGACUUUUAAUCUGCCGUGUCUUGGCGCUGCACAAUCAGAUUUCGGUCAAUCAGUUGUCUCAACCGCCGAUUUGGUGAAGGCCUGGCGCAGUCAUUUGGUUGGAAUUGCCCGAUUUGCCGAAGAAGAGAUGGCUCUGAUUGCCAAUCUGAGUGGCACUUGUCCCUCUUCUCGUGAAGCCGGCCAGUCUGCUUGGGUCACCGACUUUCUACCCUCAGAACUCAACAACUACGACGACAAAACAGGUUUUCGGAACUACCAGAAGAUCAGUCCAAAUGCUGUUCCAACACUACCUUCAUCUACCCAACCUCCACUUGUUCUGCGCCCACUGGGCCCAACAAGUGCGGGAGGGUAUAGUUCAUCGUCUGGUGCACUGUCUCAACACAACCGAGUCACCGUCCAUCAACUUUAUCAGGCUUGGUCUGACCUGUUUACGAGCUCGCGUCAUCAGCUGCGUCUGAUUGGUUUGUUGGCCGGGCUGGACAGUCGACUGGACGCGGCGUCCAUGGUGCUCGAGGGCUUGAUGGCGAUGGUGUUGGCAGAGGAGGCGGAGAGCAAGAAGGAAGCGACGAACGUGAUGAUUCCCAUGAGGGCAGCGGGCCGGGAAGAGGCUGUAGCGGACGAGAUCGACGCUUCUGAUAUCAGAAGCCCGUCAGGCAAUUGUCCUCUCGGUCAGCAGUCGGUCUACGACGGGGGCUUGAUGGCGUCAUGGGCGGUCGAGAGAGGAUCCCCGUCAGUCCGAUUCCGGCAGCCCAGAAGAGGGCUCACCACGGAGGCUCCGAGUCUGUCGAUUUGCACAGAGUUCCGCCAAAAUUGGGCCGAGAACUGGAGCGGAACCGAUGCUCAGGAGCAGAUAGUCGCCUGGGCCUUGGCCAACCAAACUGACAGGCUACAGCGCGUCCAGGUAACUCGAUCUUCGCCAAGGGGAAGUCAUGGUUAG